CUUAAAAUAAAUGGAAAUCAUAAAAAAAUAUAUUAUCUUCUGUUCAAACUGAGAGCAGAGUGUCUUCCUCAACUUGAACUGCCAUGGCUGCCCUCAUCCAUGGCGGCAUUUCUUCUAUUGGUUUGAAGAAUUUCAAUUACAAGGGCAGGACAUCCCCGCUUUUCAAAGAUACCCACACAUCUUUUUUGUCUGUUCAGAGGCGAAAAUUUAAUUUGAAAGUCAGAGCAGCAGAAACAGACACCAACGAAGUCACAUCUAGAAGCCCAGAUAAGGCACCUGCCACAAAUGCAGGAUCAUCUAACAUCAAUCAGCUUCUUGGAAUGAAAGGAGCAGCACAAGAAGCGGAUAAAUGGAAGAUUCGCUUACAACUUACAAAGCCAGUUACUUGGGCACCACUGAUCUGGGGAGUAGUCUGUGGUGCUGCUGCAUCUGGUAACUUCCAGUGGAAUGUUGAAGAUGUAGCGAAAUCAUUAUGUUGCAUGAUCCUUUCAGGGCCCUUCCUUACUGGUUAUACACAGACAUUAAAUGAUUGGUAUGACAGAGAAAUCGAUGCAAUCAAUGAACCUUACCGGCCAAUCCCAUCAGGAGCAAUUUCUGAGAAUGAAGUUAUAACCCAGAUUUGGGUACUUCUUCUGGGAGGCCUGGGCUUGGCAGCUGUUCUAGAUGUAUGGGCAGGGCAUGAUGUUCCAACUGUUUUUUAUAUUGCAGUUGGUGGUUCUUUGCUCUCAUAUAUAUACUCUGCUCCACCUCUAAAGCUCAAACAGAAUGGUUGGAUAGGAAAUUUUGCCCUAGGUUCAAGCUACAUAUGUUUGCCUUGGUGGGCUGGUCAAGCAUUGUUUGGGACUCUUAAACCUGACAUAAUGGUUUUAACUGUCUUGUACAGUAUAGCAGGGCUGGGUAUAGCUGUUGUAAAUGAUUUCAAGAGUAUUGAAGGAGAUCGAACCAUGGGAUUGCAGUCACUUCCAGUUGCAUUUGGAGUUGAAACUGCAAAGUGGAUUUGUGUUGGGGCAAUUGACAUCACCCAAUUGACAGUUGCAGGUUAUCUUUUUGCAACAGGAAAGUUGUAUUAUGCUCUGGCCCUUCUUGGUCUGAUCACUCCACAAGUUAUUCUACAAUUUCAAUAUCUACUUAAGGACCCUAUUAAAUAUGAUGUGAAAUAUCAGGCUAGUGCGCAACCGUUUCUUGUUUUGGGUCUGCUUGUCACAGCUCUGGCGACUAGUCAUUGAUGGCAACAACUUGUGUUUGAGAUAAAUCAACAUCCACUUUUCUUGUAUCAAGAUAUAUUUCGACUGCUUAUUACUCAAGUGUUGGAUCAAAUACAUCAACAGACAUGCUGUAAUGCAUCCACACACUUUGUAAAUGAAACAAGAAUGUUGUGAGCUUCGCAUCAGUAAGCAACACUGCACAGCACUAGGCAUGAUCAGUUAUUAAGCAUUUUGAAGGCUACAUCGGUUGUACCAGUGGGGUUGAACCCCUUUAAUGUAUUUUGGUAACAAGAAAGCUUGCAACAAAUCACCAACCAUGUGGUCCAUUCAUGUCUAGAGAAUUUACCUUUCCAGUUUAGUCAUCCAAUGUGUAUGAGCCAGAGACUUCAUUUUUUGGUGCCCAAUGAAAAAGGGAUAAUGCUCUUUCAACUAGUUUGAAGAAAUAAACCAGAGGAAAAUGUCUUGACUGAGACUUAGAACUAGCAUUUUUCACCUUGUAGUACCCUAUCUUGUAGGGUUCUUUUGAAUAAAUAUCCCUUAAACUGUUAUUUAUGUUUGAAAAUGAUGGACGUUUUUCAUAACAACUCAAUAUUCUAGGAGAUCAGAGAAUCAACAAUAUAUUCUUGCUGAUAACUACUGAUGAAUGAUUGAGGAGAUCAGAGAAUCAACAAUAUAUUCUUGCUGAUAACUACUGAUGAAUGAUUGAAAUCUAUUAUUGUUAACACAA